UUACAUUUUAUAUAAAAACAUUUUAUCGAUAAAAAUUCUAGUUAUUACACUUUCAAAAUGUCCGCGAUCACUAGAGGGCUCUUGUUAUUAUGUGCUGCUGUUGCAGCUUCAGCGUUCGAGCUGAGAGAUGGAGAUGUGGUGUUCCAUUUAUUUACAAGGGCUAAUCCCCAAGUCAGCCAGCCCUUGCUGCCCUCGGUGGCAUCCAUUAUGACGUCAUCGUUUUCAGUCACUCGUCGUACAAUUGUUACCAUCCACAGCGAUGGAGAGGGUGUGUCGGGCAACUUUAAUGCUUUUGUUGUUCAAGCUCAUCUCUCAGCGGAGGAUGUGAACGUGAUAGCUGUUGACUGGAGCCCAGGUUCAACAAUGUACACGCAUGGUCUCGGUAACGCACCCCAAGCCGGACUCAUCAUUGCCCAGUUUAUUAACAUUCUUAUAAACACUUUUGGAUAUACCGCUAGCCAAAUUCGCAUCGUUGGUGUUGGUCUCGGCGGCCACGUCGCCGGUAUUGCAGCGAGGAAUGUUAAUGGGGAAAUCCCACACAUUGUCGCAUUAGAUCCGUCUUUGCAUGGCUGGACUCAUCACCCUGAAAUCCUAAAUGAAGAUGACGCGACAGUUGUAGAAGUAUUGCACACUACUGCCGGCCUUAAAGGUUACGAUUAUCCUUUGGGCGAUCUCGAUUUCUAUUCCAAUGGUGGACAAGCCCAGAGUGGUUGUGGUACUGACGUAUCUUGCUCCCAUAUUUACUCCUAUGUUUUCUACGCUGAAUCGAUCACUGCUGAAGUAGUGGGCGGUAGAAAGUUCGUUGGAACAGCGUGUCAAAAUUCUGAAGAAGCUAUGAAUUUACAAUGUACUGGGCCUAGGGAUUCUAUUUUUGGAGGUUCAGCAACAAAGACUGAUGACUUUGGUGUCUACAUGUUCCUGACCAAUUUCGUGUCUCCGUUUGCAAGAGAUUAAAUGUAAACACAAAUUGGUGCCAAUACAAACAUAAAAAAGUU